CAGCUUCAUGCACCAACUUUUCACGAAGUGCAUUGUUUUUAGUAAUAUGUUGUUUCAGCAAUGUAAAUAUGCCAGAAUUAGCCCAAAGUCUAUUUCCCAUCUCUUGUCCCCGGCAGGGACGCAGCGAUUACAGGAUUUCACUAUUAAUCUUGCUUUAAAACAUCACAGUUAAAAGCUUGCUGUUAAAAGGUUCCUGCUAAAGGAGCGAAUACCUGCAUUAAACUUGAUGCAGCGCCCAGCUUUGCACGCGGCGCCCAAGUAAAGGUCAUACAUAAUAACGGAGUUUAAUAGCGUACAGUCGAGGUGAGAGUCGAACUUCCGGUGCAGCGUAAACAAACAAAGCAGGUGUUGCCUUUCAGACGACAGCACCGCUGCGCUAUGAGGCCCGUUAUUUUCAAUAGCUUGUGCCGCGCUCGGGCGGUUUGUUGCUGCGUUAAGCAGCGCACGGCGAGCUCAGCGCACGGCGAGCUUUUAUGGUUUUAAGUUUUUAUGGACUGCAGACCUUCAGUCACUGAACAUUUAACGUUAAAUCGAGCUGUCGCCUCCUCCUGUCUGUGUUGGUGUAAAACACUAACAAAACAUCAGGAGCUUAUAAACGUUCAGGACUGAAGACUUCCAGUUAACUGCAUUUCAGUUAUUAACACCGCAAGAGAGACGUUCUCAUUUUCACUAAAACAUACGUGUGAUGCUGAUGACAGCAAUUCAGUUUAUUCCCCUCCUUUAAUAUAAUUUCCCCUGGGAGAUAAAUUAAGUUAAUAUUCCUCUUACAUUAAUAAUCAUUACUAGUGUUAUUAAAUUAAUUAAUGCGUAACAAUCGUGAAACCGUGAUUAUUUUUACUGACCAACAAAAUCUGUAAUCGUUGGAUCCCUAGUCCCCAGCAGGACGUCACAACAAACAAUAAAAACCAAUUAAACGUACAACACAAUAUAAAUUUAAUAUAAGUGUUUACUGAGUUGGGCCCAAAUUAAAUUUAAUUAGUUUGUGAGUGAGAGUUUAUUUAUCUUGAGACAACUUGUAUUGUCUGCAAAUAAAAUCUCAGUUGAGCGAAGCGCUCGGCGCUUUACGACCUGUGAUGGUCACAGAGACUUGAUUGACCAGAUGUUUGUGAGACUGUAGACUGAUGCUGUGUUCAGUGUUCUGCAGAGCGCGCUCGGCAGCUCCCUGCGUCGUCUUCUUCGAUGAGCUGGACUCUCUGGCUCCCAGCAGGGGGCGCACUGGAGACUCUGGAGGGGUGAUGGACAGAGUCGUGUCCCAGCUGCUGGCCGAGCUCGACACUCUGCACUCGUCCGUCGGCGUUUUUGUGAUCGGAGCCACAAACCGUCCCGACCUGCUGGACCAAUCGCUGCUGAGGCCCGGCAGGUUUGAUAAGCUGGUCUAUGUUGGGAUCAACGAGGACCGGGUCUCUCAGCUGCAGGUUCUGCAGGCCAUCCUCAGAAAGUUCCAGCUGGACUCUGCUGUGGACCUGCAUGAUGUGGUGGAUCGUUGCCCCGCUCACAUGACCGGCGCCGACCUGUACGCUCUCUGUUCGGACGCCAUGACGGCCGCCAUCAAGAGGAAGAUCGCCCUCAUUGACGACGGUCUGGACUCGGAGGACUCGCCUGUACUCGUCUCCGUUGAGGAUUUCUCGGCAGCAUUAGAAAACUUCAAGCCGUCUGUUUCAGACCAGGAGCUGCUGCGAUACAAAAACAUUCAACAGAGACUCACAGCAAAGUAGAAACUUCGUAGAAAAUCGUCAUCAAUCAGUCGCUGAUGAUGAUCAUGAUGAUGACCACUCUUCAACACCUUACGGGAUGUUUUAAGAACUGAUGAAGGUCUAAUUAAAGUGCCAACCACCAGAAAUCAACAUUGUGAUAAACUGUAGAUGAUGUAAAUGAUGUAAACAAGAGGAGAAGUUAUACAAUUGUGAAAUGUAAUGUACACAAGUUAAAUUAAACGUGUGAUUUGAGGUUA